AUGCUUCCCGUCCCGUCCACAAUGCUAAGCUUCAUUUCGCGACCCAAUCCGCGUGAUGAUCGUACAAUCGUGUCGCUGCUGGACACGUCGACUAUUCCCAUGACCUCAGCUUGCCCAUCUCCGACCCACCUUCGGUGCCGGAAACACGUCGUGUCCGCUUGGCUUGAAGACGUUGCUGCAGCCACUUCACCAUCAGCGACACCGUCAACAGCAGUAUUACCAUUAGAAGACUUUCAACCUCAACCCGAGUACCAUCUACCAUCACCUACGCUCUCUCGAAGAGUCUCCACAGGAUAUGCACCACGUCAGCCUCAACGCUCCAAACGCAAGCGCAGCUCCGUGCUGGCUGACCGAAACCCAAACACUGCCAUGAACCCCGAACCCUCGACGCCGACGAAAAGGAGGUCAAAACGGACGGCAGCGAGGCGCAAGCCAGAUACUCAAUCUUCAAAAACACAGGCGCCGUCUCCCCCGAUCGAUGAGCACGCAAUCAGCGACGAGCACGACUUGAAUACCAAUCUCGAAGCCCGCCACGGUUCCCCAACGCCCAGGCCGAGAGCGCGCGUGGGCCGGAAACGGCUCGAAACUCACGAAAAUGCCGACGAUAUCAACGAGGCUCCUUUGGGCCUCCAAGACCAAUCAACGUUUCCUUUCUUACCUUUGCGAUCUUCCUCCACAUAUGCCCUCGCCAUUGGUGCCGGCGCUCCCGAGCUCCCUCACCCUUCAGACACGUCGAGCACAUGGUCACGAAGUCCCGUCAAGGCAAUGGCAGACCUUGGAUUUGCACAACCACCCGUCAAAGUUGUGCCUCUGGAAAAACCUAACCAGAUUCCAAGCGACAUCAGACCUCUGUUCGACGCUAUACAAGGCAUUAGACUUGAUAAUGGCAUUGUGCCGUCCGCAGUGGAAGAGCAAUUCAACAACAAGGUCUUGGCUAUAACGCCCUUCGAUCCACCCCUUGAGGCGAAGAAUAUAAUUACGGCCUCUACAACACGUUCCCAAUUCCAGCUGCUGUUCGAACUCGAGGUCCUUAGCCAAGUUGUGCAGGAGACGAGCAAGGCCCUGGCCAAUGAUCGCGCCGAGGCCCACUGGAAUGAACCCGAGGGCCGCGUCAACCUGUUUAACUCGACGCAGGCUUGUAUCGCCCCAAGCUGCAUUCCUCGACAUGCCCACGGUCUCAAUUUCCAGGCCAAAAUGGUCGACUACUGCAUCGCCAUCUCUAGUUCAGAAAUCGAACAAGCAGCUCGCACUGCCGUCGCUGCCCAAGAGCAACGCCGUCCAAGGCUACGACGCGGCCACGGUGUAGGCAGCGGCGCCAGUAGUGUCAGCAGCGCGAGCAGCGCAUCACAGUCGAAUACUAGCAGCCCAAGGAAGGACAAGCAACCGCCACCACCACCACAGUCAAUCAACCAUACCGAAUACGAUCCUUUCCGUCUACAGCCCAUCACCGUCAGCAUCGAGACUAAGAAACCCGGCGGCGACGAGGAUAUGGCCAGGGCGCAUCUCGGCGUCUGGGCAUCGGCACAUUUCCUCCGACUACACGAUCUUCUGGGACCGAAGCGCCUUGGUGUGACUCUCCCGCUUCUUCAAGUCACUGGAAGCACAUGGCAGAUUCUCUUUGCUACAGAAACAGAGCAUGAGAUUUCUUUUCGUUUACCAGGAACGGAUUCUCUCCUUGGAUGCUACCGUGUCAUGGCACUGCUGCGGGAGCUUCGGAAAUGGAGCGAGACGACGUUCCACGACUGGUUCUUGAACGCCAUAAUGGAGGCCACAGCUAGCUGA